AUGUGCACACUCGCCCAUUAUGGGGCCAUCGCGCUGGCCCUCCUCGCGACCGCGGCCUCUGGUCUCGAAAUCCUGUCUCCGACACCGGGCUCCGGGAUCGAUCCCACCAAGCCGUUGAGCAUCCUCUGGUCUGUUGGCUACGACGACCCGGCCUCGAUCGACAUCAAAUUCACCAACGCCAACCCCAACGACGUGACCACGGAUCUGACCCUGGCGACCGGAGUCGCCUCGUACACCGGGUUCUACACCGUGCCUGAAAACACGAUCCAGAACUUCGGCACGGGCUAUCAGAUCCUCAUCCUCAGCGCCGGAACCACCAUCGCCUCCAGCACGGGCUUGAUCCUCGGUCAGUCCAGCAACCAAGUCACCACCGAUGCAAACGGCCAGGUGACUCUGAUAUCGACAGCCGCCGCGGGCACUGCAUCCGGCUCCGCACUUCUCACCAACAGCGUCCCCACCGCGUCGAUUGAGUCCGUGGGCACGACCACUCUUUCUGGAACAGCGACUGCAACGGACGCAGACGCAGACGCGACGACCUCCGCAACAACGUCGCGAGCCAGCAGUUUCGUCACGAGCACAUCGAGCCGGUCAAGCAGCAGCAGCACCAGCAGUAGCGGUCAGUCUAGCGCUUCGGCCACCAGUGCGCAGAGCACGAACACCGCCAACGGGCAGAGACGUCUGGGAGGGGAACUCGUCCUCGGUGCGGCCGGUGUUCUGGCUGGUCUUGUUGCGCUCCUUGCAUAG